UGCAGAUCACCCCGGUUCUAGCAAUAAUCGCAUUGUUACCUGAAAAAAGUGAAUUCCUUCUCAUUCGCUCUACGUAUGGUGCCCCAACAACACGGUUGAAGCGAUUCAGUGAUGGGUGUGAAUUCCUCCUACGCGUCGACUAUACCAGCUGUUCUGAAGCUGAUUGAAGCGAUCUUGGAUAUAAUAAUAAUCAUUCUAGUGGCCGCUACUGCUACCUACCGAGAUGGUCCUGCCGGAUGGAUUCUCUUCGUCGCUAUUCUUACGUUCAUUGUCUCCUUCUUUUUCUAUAUCAUUCAUCUGACUAAUGUAAUUUACAAAUUGUCAGGACCGAUGUCGUUCAUAGAAUUCGUAUGCAUCACCAUCUGCGGAUGCUUCCAGCUGAUCGCAAUGAUCGUGGCGUCCGCAACUACCGGAGGCCGUCCAACUAUUAUAGCCACUGCCGUGAUGUGUGCGCUGAGUGUUAUCGUUUAUGGCAUCGACGCAUUCUUCCUGUUUGCUCUGUACAAAGUUCACGGUGGUUACUUGAACAAUCCAUCAGUUACGCAGCAGGCUACAACCCACCCUCCACCGGUAGAUACUCCCAAAUACGGAAACGCCAUGUAUGAUAACGCAGGCUUUGCGCGUUGACAAAACACCGAGGCCAUGCUAGACGUCCGACAUGUUCGUCCAUAAUGCAAGACGCCUUCCAAGUGGUUCAGACACGAACGUACUCAACCACAGUCAGGAAAUCGCGUUUCAGCUCCUUGCAGCCAUCAUCCAGAACAGCGGAACUAUUUUUAAUAUUUCCUUGUUAAUUUGUCAUCUCCGUCUUUCCCACAUUUAUCCCUAGGGAACCGCGCAGCUCCCAACCCAUCUUCCAGCGGAAUGUCAUUGCUCUUGUUUUUGGUUCCGGACGAAAAUUCUGUGAUCUAUAUGAUUAUGUAUGCCCUUAAAGUCAUUCCUCUCUCCCUUGUGCCUUAAAUUUGAUGACCAUGUCGCCUUGAUAUACCAUCUAUUCUCAUAACACCCCUAUUAACUUUUCCUAUGAAUAACCGAGCAAACGUAAUGGGCUGUUUGUCCAUCUGUGUCAUUCAUUCACAUUCACUAUACACCUUAGUUAGAGGUGUAAAGCACCUCAGUUACUGUGCCGCAAUACAUAAAAGAAAAAGAAAG